GAAAGAGGAGGAGAAAAAGGAGUAGAAGAAGAAAGAGGUUCUACCCUCAGCAGCAGCAGCAGCAGCAGCACAUAGUCCAGACUGACAGCAGGUCUUCUUACAUGAUUAAAACUAGAAACACGGAUCGAUAGAAACGUUAAUAUCCGUCAUGGAGUCUUAUGACAUUCUAGCUAAUCAGCCCGUUGUGAUCGAUAAUGGGUCAGGGGUCAUCAAAGCUGGUUUUGCAGGAGACCAGAUCCCUAAAUACUGCUUCCCUAACUAUGUUGGACGUCCAAAGCAUGUUCGUGUGAUGGCAGGAGCUCUGGAGGGAGAUCUCUUCAUCGGGCCCAAAGCAGAGGAGCACCGGGGCUUGCUGUCGGUCCGGUAUCCGAUGGAACACGGCAUCGUGAAGGACUGGAACGACAUGGAGAGGAUCUGGCAGUAUGUUUAUUCCAAAGAGCAGCUGCAGACUUUCUCUGAGGAGCAUCCUGUGCUGCUGACUGAAGCUCCUCUCAACCCCAGCAACAACCGGGAGAAGGCUGCAGAGGUUUUCUUUGAGACCUUCAAUGUUCCUGCUCUCUUCAUCUCCAUGCAGGCCGUCCUCAGUUUGUACGCCACAGGUCGUACCACCGGUGUGGUGUUGGAUUCUGGGGACGGAGUGACUCACGUGGUUCCGAUCUACGAGGGCUUUGCGAUCCCUCACUCCAUCAUGCGUGUGGACAUCGCCGGCAGAGACGUGUCUCGGUAUCUCCGUCUACUGCUGCGUAAAGAAGGAUACAACUUCAACACGUCGGCAGAGUUCGAGGUGGUUCGCACCGUCAAAGAGAGAGCUUGUUAUCUGUCUCUCAACCCACAAAAGGACGAGACUCUAGAAACGGAGAAGGCUCAGUACGUCCUGCCUGAUGGAAGCACUUUAAAAAUCGGUCCGGCCCGAUUCCGAGCUCCAGAACUUCUGUUCAGACCCGACCUAAUCGGAGACGAGAGCUUAGGGAUCCAUGAGGUUCUGGCCUACGCCAUCCAGAAGUCUGACAUGGACCUCCGCCGCACUCUGUUCAACACCAUCGUGUUGUGUGGGGGGUCCACCUUAAUCAAAGGCUUUGGAGAACGACUACUAACUGAAGUCAAGAAGCUGGCUCCCAAAGACGUGAAGAUUAAGAUUUCUGCUCCUCAAGAGAGGCUCUACUCCACGUGGAUCGGCGGCUCUAUUCUGGCCUCGUUGGACACCUUUAAGAAGAUGUGGGUGUCAAAGCGAGAAUACGAAGAAGACCGAGCACGAGCGAUCCACAGGAAGACCUUCUAGAAGGAUGCGCCUCAGGUCUGCCCUCAGAUCUCCAUCAGAUCUCGUCAUACUGUCGACUCUCAGACACUCGUCAUCUCUGGGAUCUUCUGAUCAUCCUUUAUCAACUGCUAAUCCCCCCCCCAGAGAAACACACAUUUAUGUGUGCUAGUCUUUCCUCCUGAUGAUCCUCCUGAUGAUCCUCCUGCUGAAGUGUCUCAUUCACUACAGAAGGUCUCGCACACUGUGGACUUCCUCUUCUGUCUUUAGUCCACUUUGAAGUAUUUAAGCUCUGCAAGGCCUCAAACAUCAUGUCAAUAAACUUCAAUGUUGUCUUUUUGUUUUUUGCUACUGUUGAAAUUUCCAUUCCAGACCGAAGACUUUUUAUUUGAUGUGUAUUUAGAACCAAGGUUUGAAGUACUAUAGAUGUACUAGUACUAUAGAUGUAGUACUAUAGAUGUAUAUAGUACUAGUGAAACAAAAAGAGAACCACUGUGUUAUAGAUUUGGCCUUAAAGCUAAAGGUUCAUUCAUCAAAUGUUUUACGGAAACAUGACUUCACAAAAUGUUCAGUCAGCUUUUUGGAUUAAAAUGAAGAGUAGGGAAAAAAAUCCUUUAAGUUUUUUAUUUAUCACCAAGUUUCACUUCAGGAGGAAUCUGCUGUUUCUCAUUCUGCUCUUCUCUUAUUCUCUUAUUGUCAUAUUUGACUCAGCAGCUCAACAUUCAUAAAAUACAUUUUACAAAAAUAAUUUCAAACAUGUUAAAUUUAGAUCAAACUAAGAAGUAAAUCUCCCUGUUUAUCUGCAGCAACAAGAUACCUGCAGAAGGUGUCAGUUAAAGUUAAUUAUAUUAAGAAAUGCUUGAUUUUCUUCUUUUAAAUGUUUAGUUUUUUAAAUGAUCUCAUGAGCCUCUUUUCUUUUUGAGGUUUUAUUUAGAUGCAUGUUAGUUAAUGUAAAGUUAAAGAAGAAACACAGAGGCCCCCCCCCCCCCCCCUGUGUACUGGUAGAGUCUGGAUCUAUGAUUUACUGAAUCUCAGUGACAGUGAAGGUAUCGUGUCCACACUCCUUACUCGUCUCCUCACUUCUGUGCAUCCUCUGCUUUAAGGACAUGAGACAAAGGUAGUCAGGUGUCCUCAGCCUUUUGUAAAGAGGAAAGCUUUUCAUAAACAACUGUUGGAUAACAGACUAAACAUGUACAAUACUGUUUAUUCUUUAAGUGUUUGCUUUUACUUUUGGUAAAUUCAAUAUAAUAAAUAAGUUAAUGUCUGCUG